AAAAAUGGAGUGUCAUUAUUGCAGAGUAAACCUAUUUUCCUCUGGAUAGAGUAGUUAUAACAAUGUACAGAGUAAAAUCGUCUAAAUAGUAGUGUCAAAAGUGAGAGUUAAGUCCAACAUGCACACAAUGACCAAAUCUACUCUACAUGGUGAUGAUUCCCCGCGAAAGUACUAGAACUGAACUGGAGCUCGAGCUGGCAGUGGCACGUUGGAAAUCGUCUCUCUUUUAAGUUUGGUAAGUUUGUAUGAAUAUUUGUAGGUUUUCACCAUCUAGCUAGAUAUUUUUCCACUAACGACCAACUUUUUGCAAUACAUUGACGAUGAUAGACGAUGGUAGGCGUAUUAAGUUAAGUUAGGCAUGCAUAGAUGUAGUUAGCUAAUCAAUAUGCCUCACUGACUUCAAGUUCAGAUGCAUUCGACUGCAAUACCACGUCAAGAACUUAGAAGUAAUACAGUUGAUAACGAAAUUCAUUUAAAUUACACAUUUCAGACUUGAUUUACUUGUUAACACCGUGCAAUGUAUGGGUUAGUGAUAAUUGAAGUUGUUCGGCCGGGUGGGUGACGUUGGGUUAACGUACCAAAAUGUUAGCAAGUUAGCUUGACAACGUGGUUUCUGCCCAAGUUGAAAUAAUUUGCAAGAUGUUAUGUUGUCGUGCUUGACUUGUGCCUGUCUGAAACCAGACAUUGAGAGUAAUUUCAACAAUUGCUGAAUGGCAAGAAAGUCAUUAGAAAGACACGAGGUUAUACUCUCAGCUAACAAGUUUAUUAGCACCCCGUAUAUCAACCUAUUGAUACUGUAAGAGGAGAUUUAUUUUUGUGAAUAAUUGUGUAAAAGAAAAUAUGAUUUCUAUGAUGGUUAAUGAUUUGAUAAAUAUAUUCUUUACAUUAUUAUUUAGAUUGGGGAACUACUUCUUCCUAUGUAGUUUGUAUCCAUAGGGUUCACCGUAGUUAGGUUGGGCGGAGUGAUACGCCGCACACAAGAGGCUAGUUUCAAGUUUGUUACCGGCGACAAGGGUGCCACUUGUCUGUUUUCUUGAGCGGAGAAUAAAACAUAUACAAGUUGCUCUGAAGAAGCUGUCCCCGUGCUGUUCUUACCCACGACCCCAAAAAUAGACUUUAUUAAGGUGACGCUAACUUACACCCAGCGUUACAAUACCAUAAGUCCGUGAGUGUUUAUUAGACCAUUACGUUUUCUAAUAACUUUGCUCUGAUUCUUCAGAGAAUAUUUUGAUGGAUAUUAACAGUUAUUCAACCUUCCUUAAAUUUAAAUUUAACAGAAAAUGCUUCUGCGUGUCUCGUUUGGCGGAGUGCAGAAGUACAUGAAGCUGCCUGAACUAACAUUCUGUGAUUUCUUGAGAGAAGUGAGUCUAAAAUGUAACAUUGCUGAAGACAGACGGUUGGACAUCAAGGUUUAUGACCAGUCUAACACAGAGGUCGACUCUGAGGUUUUUGAGGAGAUCGUACAAGAGUUCCAUGGACCUUUCCUAAUUUCAUUGGCCAAUGAAGCACCUGGUUACCCUCAGUCCACGUCAUCUCCAUGCUCAAUUGCAUCGGAAGACACAAUGAUCCUCAACUUCUCGUUGUGUGACCCAGCUGAGGAGCCAGUUGCAGCCGAAGGAAGUCAACCUAAAAGGCCUUGCCGCAUUAACUAUGAAGCAAAAGCUCUGAUUGAAAAAAUCUUGACGACAAAGCCUGGAGGUGACCGUGUCAUGGAGGAGUAUGCGAAAACUAAAUCAAUUACAGAUUCAACCAGAAGACAGCUCAUCAACAUACUUACUGCAGGGAUGACGGAAACACAUGGGACAUCGCCGCCCCGGAGUGUAAAAGUGAUGUAUGCACAGGGGAUUGUCGCUCUGUUUCCAUACCUUGAAGACCCAUAUUCACAGAAUGGCUAUGAACAUUACUACGAUCCUGAAAGUGGUUCAGGCUACAUUGCAUGGCGGUUGAAGACAAUUCAACGAAAAGCUGCUGAGGAAAGAGGUCCUGCAGUUAGUACAUCUCCUAAAGUUGGUGGGCCAGGCCAUGGGCAUACUAGACCCUUUACUGCCGACACAGUCCUGACUGACGAGGAAGUGGAAUGCGCUAUCGCUUUGUUGAGACACACUUCUGAUGAGGAGACCAUCCGUGAAAAGAUGAAAGUCACUUUCGCAUACCGCCACGCCAUGGUCAAUGAUGAGAACAAAUCAGCAGAGGUCUUCUCAGUAUUUCCACGGUUCCUAGACACACCAGGACUGAUAGAACAAGAUUUUAGAGUGAUGUUUGGUGAGCAGACUGCCAACAAGUUCAUGGAGAGGUGGCCUACCACUUUCAAAGCAGGAGUCAUUAAGGAAAGCCAUGGACUGGUCCCCUCCACAGACCUUCUUGAUUUAAUGCGCAACGCUGAGACAUCUACUGAAGUUGAAAAAGGCUGGGACAGUGACAUGUCUGCCAUCAUACUGCUGCUACAUCUGCUACCACCAUCUGCACAGGGACGAAAGAGGCCAGGGAAGAUAUCAGCAUCUAAUGCAGUUUAUCACCUCAUCAAAUUCCAAAAGACGGGAACAAGCGUGCAGCAGCAUCUUGACAACAUCGCUCAAAGCAGUCAGCCCUACCUCCUUGCUCAGGGACCCACAAAAAGCAGCAUUCACUCUUUCUUCAUUGCCAUCGACAAGCAUGCACUUCCAUGCCAAGCCACCAGCUCGGUUGGAGCCCUGGAUGAGCUCUUCAAGGCCCACUAUGUGUUUGGUACAUCUUACAGUCCUGCCUUGAACAACUUUUUCACUUUUCUGCAAACUUCCAUUUACAACAUUGACGUGGGGAAAACUAAGGAAGCGCCAAGAAUUGCAGAGUUGCGAGCGAGAAUGGUGCGUUAGGCACUCUUGAAAUUAAACAAUGAGGUGCUUUCUUUGCAGCAAUGUCUUUGGUGAAGCAAACAAUCUAGUAAAGCACCUCAAAGUAAUACAUGGACUCUGUACGGGAAGGACUCUUUAUCUUCAAUGUGGCCAAGUGGGAUGGUCACGUUUUUUCAAUAGUUUUUCUGGUCUUAGGAAGCAUCUGAAUAAGUGUCAUGUGAAUAGUGCAUGUGAUGUUAUUGUUGAAACUGAACCACCACAUUGUCAAUGUGUUCUUGAUAGUACUAAUGCAAAUCCCGCAGAAGAGACAUAUGAGGCUGAGGUUGAGUCAGAGCCAGCAUUAUCGUCAGAACACCUUGUAAAUAGUUGUGCCUCUGUCAUUUCAGAUCUAAAGGCAGCAGGUGUAGCCCA